UCGAUCGCAGCCCCGCUGAGCGCAGCAUCUUCCAGGCUUCAGACCGGACGGUGAGCCGCUGACUGUACGGAGCUCCACCGCUGUCUCUCGGAUACAUUUCCAGCUGUUUUUGUCACUAAGUUUACGGUAGUGUCGUUGAGUAAGUUUACCGGGACUCUCGGUGUGGACUCCGGUAACAUUAACUCAUCUCGGGGAUAAACAAGUGGAUUUGAGCCGCGGGAGAGAACCGAGGAGGUCUGGAGGAUGAACCCUCAGUGUGCCCGCUGUGGGAAGAUCGUCUACCCGACGGAGAAGGUCAGCUGCCUGGAUAAGAACUGGCAUAAAGGAUGUUUCCACUGCGAGGUUUGUAAGAUGACCCUGAACAUGAAGAACUACAAAGGCUACGACAAAAAACCCUACUGCAACGCACAUUACCCCAAGACGUCGUUCACCAUCGUGGCCGACACACCAGAGAACCUGAGACUGAGACAGCAGAGCGAGCUACAGAGCCAGGUGAAGUAUAAGAAGGAUUUUGAAGAGAGUAAAGGACGAGGAUUUUUGUAG